AAGCCUAGCAUCUGAUGAUGAUUCUUCGUCGUCAAGUGAGGAAAUUUUUGCUGAAAUCAAAAAAGGUAGUUUGUCAAUCCUAAAAACUUCUAAAUGCCCACCACCUUGCACAAUGGAAAAUAAAUCAACAAUAGUGAAUUACAACUAUACUCAUGAUCAGGUGUACCUAUUUUGAUGCUGUAAUGUUUGUUUAAGAUUCAGGGUAUAUAUUUUUCAAAAGCAUCCUCAUGCAUAUUUUAAGCCAAUAGUCUUCCUGUAUUGCUUAUCUAUGGCAACAUUAUCAUACACUGAUUGUUUUUAUAGCUCAUGUGAAUUAAAUAUUGCGAUAGUACUACUAUGAGUUUCAAUCUUAAUCCAUUUGGAAAACAGACCUGUUUCUGAACUCAAUGAACAUCUUAGUGAUUAUACAAUUAUUGAAAAAGCUUAUAAAAACAGGGUGAAAGCAGUUCCAAUGAAAGGAACACAUAUGGAGAAAAUGGAGAGAAAAGUAGCAUGAAUAUUUGGAAGUGCAUUCAAAGACGUGAAUUGGGGCUAGGUCCCCAUUCCUCAACUGGGUUCUCUGAACAUGAAAAGUCGAGGGUGUUUUCAAAGUAUUUACCAAAUACAGUGACAGAGGUUAUAAAACAUCAUGCAAAGGUAUUUUCUGGCCAUUACUCUCAAGAUGGUUCCGUCUUUAUGAGUGCCAGCCAAGAUUGUCAUAUCAAACUUUACGAAACUGGAAGAGGACAUUUACGAGAAUUUCAAGAUGUUGUAGCGCUGAAUGUUGGCUGGAGUGUUGUGGAUACCGCAUAUAGCCAUGAUCAGCGCCAUUUGAUCUACUCCAGUUGGUCUCCAAACCUCUACCUCUGCGACAUCGCCGGCGGCUGUGAGAAGGGACAGGUUGCACUUGAUAUGAGACCAGCGGGUCCUAGUUUUUGCGCAUUUUCCAUAAAAUUCUCGCAAGAUGAUCGUGAAAUCUUGACUGGGUCAAACGAGGGAGGCUUGUAUAUCUAUGACCGAGGGUGCGAGAAGAGAACUUUAAGGAUAAAUGGCCAUAGUGAUGACGUGAAUGCAGUGUGCUUCUGUGACAACACAUCACAACUGCUGUUUUCAGCUGCUGAUGAUGGCUUGUGCAAGGUGUGGGACAGACGUACAUUAAACGAGCACCGUCCAGAGCCAGUCGGAGUCUUUGCAGGUCACGUGUGUGGACUUGGAGGCGUAGACUCAAAGGGUGAUGGACGAUACCUUAUCACCAGCAGCAAAGAUCAAACAAUAAAACUUUGGGAUAUGAGAAGAUUCACAGACGCUGAUGGAAUGAGAGAAGGUGUAAUGGCUGUAGCUAAAAACCAAUAUUGGGACUACAGAUGGGAAGGAGUACCUAAAAGAUUUCAAAGAGACACGAAGUUGAAAGGAGAUGUUUCAGUUAUGACCUAUCGCGGACAUUCGUUCCUGAGAUGCUUAAUUCGUGCACGUUUCUCACCAGUUGAGACUACAGCACAGAAUUUCAUUUAUACUGGCAGUGCAGAUGGGUGCAUUUACAUUUACGACCUCAACAGCGGGAUGAUAGUCAGCAGACUCCAGGGUCACAAUGAUGUAAUUAGGGAUGUCUCAUGGCAUCCCAGCAGGCCUUGCAUGAUGAGCUCAUCAUGGGACCAAACGGUAAAAUGCUGGGAGUAUUCACGAGAUAAAGAGGAAACUGAAAGAUCUGAUAAAGAGAUUGCCGAGGAUGAGAGAGACGAACGAGCCAGAAAACGCUAUCCCAGCCAAAAAUAUUUCUUCAGGAACUAAGAGUGAUUCUGCAUU